ACGGCCUGCUGACCGCGGUGAGGAUGAGCUCCCGGGGAGAGCGAGGUGAAAAGGAAAAGGAUGAUGAAGAAACAAACCCCUUUUCCUUUAAGGAAUUUAUCAAGAUUAAAAGUCGGUCAACAACUAAAGGGGGAGAGGUGAAAAAGCAGACGCACCAACAGCUGAAGGACUCCCUCGGAAUUGCCUUUGAAGACGAUCUGUCCGCAGCCGAAGAAUUGAACUUGAAGCUGAGUUUUCCAGAGAGUUACCUCCCAGAUCCGAUGCCCAACAGUCCUUCACUGGAUGAAGAGGACGACGACUGGAGUGAAACGUACCAGCCUGCCGUUAUUGAGGCUGCUCAUGAGUGUGGUUUCUCUAACUUUCUCCACGAGAUGUCCAACACCCCACUUGCACUGAGCCCUGCUGACCUGUUGCAUCAUGACGGCGCCCAGUAUGCACCAUCCGAGUGGCAAGUGGACGACGACCAGGAGGAGGAAGAAGAGGAACAUUGCAAAGGGAACGCAGCCUCACAAAUGGACCCCUCUUGCGAUAGCCAUGACCCUCCAAAGGAUCACUUUGACUUGGUCGGGGAGGUUCUCUAUCAAAGUCAGUUACUAAGCAAUGAGAAGCUGAAAGAAGAAAAUGCUCUUUUACGGAGACGAACUAAAGAAGCAAAGCAACUGGCAAAAAACCACAUAAAGAGGACUAGGACAUUGGAAGAAGAACUGGAGAGAAGGAAAAUUAAAGAGGAAAAGGAAGCACGAGCAUUAGAAGCAAUGGUUCAGCAAGUAGAAGAGAACCUGCAACUGAUGACGAAACGGGCGGUGAAAGCAGAGAACACGGUGACUAAGCUGAGGCAAGAACUUACAGUUGUACAGGCUGAACUACAACAAUGCAAGUCUGAAAAUGAAAGGCUUCGAUCUCAAGAUACUGCUGCUCUAAUUUCAGCAAAAAAUAGUGCCCGACUCGCUUCGGACUAUUUAAUGAAGACUGCACAUGAAGCUGAGACCUCAGUGAAGCGGAUCAUGUCUGGAGCAGAAACGUUACGCCUAGCAGCUGAUCUACUGAAGUCCAUUGACAAAAUCUGUGAGCUACCACCUUACUACAAAAUGGAAGAUCCUAGCUGAUGUUGUUAACUUCAUUUAGCUCCACCCACUGCAGUAUGAACAUUACCUGCAAAGUAUUUAUUAACAUGAUACUUUGGGCCUGAUCGAUCCCCACUGCCCAUGGUACAGAGUAAAGCUGCAAAUGCACGACUCCAGAAAAGGCCUGUUUUAUGCUUGAAUUGUUCCUGAAUGUCUUCUUUUGUUUGGUUGGAUCCCAUGUGUUCAUUUUACCUUCAAUACCUUAUUUGUAUCAAAUGAAAAGAAUGAUGUAAACAUUUUUUUUAUUCACCUACAGCAUUAGUGAGUAGAUUAUAAAUUCUGUUUAUCAUCCUCUCAGGAAAAAACUGCCCCCAACACUUUUAAAGUUUGUGUUUUAAAUGCAGUUUUUUAAAUUAUGGAGGUGCAGGCCCCUUGCCCUUCACCUAACUUCUUGCAGUUCACCACUUUUUCCCUGUUCUUCACUCAAUCCACUACCUCAUGCAGUGCAGUGUAAACUAUGAUGAUCCUCUUCGUUUAAAGUUUCUCCUGCUUUUCAAAAGUUCAGCGUUUGCAUUUAUCAGAAAGCUCUCAAACAUUGAUCCCUGGCUGCAGCAGCACCAGUGUACCAUUGGUGACUCAGCCACUUCAGCUGCCAGUGGCAGUGGUGGAAGGAUUAGCCCGGAAUAACCUUCACUCCUGCUCUAAACUUAGUGAUCCCUGCAGGAACAUGGCUGUACAGUCAAAUAAAACUAUUAUAAAGGUGAUUAUCCAGCAUUGUGCAAAUACCUUCAACCCCUUGCUGCUAGGCAUUUAAAACAUUGUCUUAAAUUAGUUUACCUGCCUUGAUUCCCUAUCACUAAAUACAGUUACUUCGCAAACAUCUCAGUUUUGAGAUGUCCAAUUGGAGCGCUGUUUUAGGAGCUUUAUUAGGGAACAGAAGAAUUCUAUUGUCAAUAUGAAGAUAGUUUUUUGAUUUUAAAUCUGAAUUAUCCUGCUUUCAUUUUAAGGUUAUACCCAUAUUCUGGGCUUCCCAUUAAAGUAAAAGGAUUUUCCUAUCCUUCCCAUAAUAGAUAAUUUAGAUUGCCAUUGAUUUUCUAAACUGAAAAUUUACAAGAAUAUUCUUUGAAAUACGUCUGUGUAAUUUAAAACACUUUUAACACAGCAUGCUUGUGGUAAAUAAGUGUUUUCAUACAAGGAAUGACAACAACAAUCUUGUAUUUGUGUGUGUUUUUGGUAUAUACUCUAAAUCAACCAGAUUAUUUCAAUGAAUUGUUAUGACUCGAUACUUUAACACCAGGGCACCUUGGUGCAGAAACCCACAGUUUAAUCCAAAUUCUAAUUUUAAGGAGUAUCUUAGAAGAGGAAAGAGAGAAGUUUAGGGAUAGAAUUCAGAGCUUUGAGUGUUGACAGUUGAAGUCAUACAAAUAAAAUUGGGAGCACUCAGGCAACAGGACAUAAAGAAAGUUUACAGCAACAAUUACACUAAACCAAACAGUGUUAGCUAAUUUUACUAAUAUGGAUAUCUUAAUGAUUGAAUGGAUGUAAGCAAGUUUACAAACUUUUUGAUUUAGCAUCAGAGUGUUGCUUGGAAGAGGAUGGAAUUGGUGGCUGGUGAACAGUUUGUAUUGGGAUUUAAUACUGCUAGUAUUAGAUAGGAUAAAUUUCUGAUUAUCCAGUGCUAAGUAUAUGGAGAAGCACACUAACAGUUUAAGUAAUAAGACAUGGUGAGGUAAAUCAAAGUAUUAUUAGGGUUUGUGGAAACAGAAGUUGUGUUUUCAGAUGUUGCUGCUGAAGGGCAACCUCACUGUGAGAAAGAAGAGCUUAGAGGAAUCUUAAAGGUAAUUGCAUGAGAGUAUGAUGGGAAAAGAUUGCAAACUCUAGCCACCACAGAAUGAAUAAGAAUGGAACCAGAUGAGUUUGGUCUGGUCUAGAUGAUUGGAAGAGAAUUAUGCAAUUUGUGUUAAGGGCUGCAGACACAUCAUGGGGGAAGCAGUGGAACAUUUUGGAACUUGGAUCAGAACUAUUUGGGUACUGGGACAGAGUGUAAAUGUGUUAUUUUGCUGCAAAGAUAAAGCAUGGAUAAAAGAUAUUCACAUAUUCAAGAAGUUUCAAGAGGAAGUGGGGGUGGGGUGAGGUUGAAAGAGUUGUUUACUCUGUGCUUAGGUGAUAAUAGAUAUAGCAGGCUGGGGGUGGGGGCCACCUCUGAGAGGGAACUAUGAACUAUUUGCCUUGUAGUAUAGAAUUAGAAGAUAAUGGAUUUGUUAGUUCUUCCUUACUAAACUGGGUUUGAAGAAACUAUAUUUUUAACAUUGAGAUGUCUAUUUAAGAUUUUGUAUAAUAUACUGGAAUGAUUGAAA